AUGUUUGCUUUGGCCUUUCUGGCUCUUGAAAAAUCUGAAGAGCCUGUGUGUGAGGCGGGCUGUAAACACGGCGAGUGUGUUGGACCGGAUCAGUGCCGCUGUCAUCCAGGAUUCACCGGCAAGACCUGCAACCAAGAUGUGAACGAGUGUGCGUUCAGGCCGUGUAAGUACAGGUGUAUGAACACACCGGGCAGUUAUAAAUGCUACUGUCUCAACGGCUACAUGAUGAUGGCUGACGGCACGUGUCGCAAUGUGGACGAGUGUGUGACGGGGCAGGCCUCGUGUCCGAGGUUUCGUAAGUGUGUGAACACAUUUGGCAGCUACGUCUGCAGAUGCCAUGAAGGCUUCGAGCUGCGGCACAUCAACGGAAAAUACCACUGCACAGAUAAAAAGUUUUCAUCUAUUUGCUAUGACAAGCCCGGACACAAGAAAUGCAAAUGCACACCGAGUGUUAAAGGAAAGGGUUACGACUGUAAAUCUGUUCUUAAAGUCACCAUUGAGCCGGCAAGACCAGUCGAAGUCACAGUCAGCCCGACAACCGUCUCCACGGCAACAACUCCCAUGACAACCAACAGAAAAACUACAACUACAGCCACUCCUACUACUACCGUUACCAUAGCAACUUCUGUUCCGACAAGCACUGCCAUGACGACAGUAACACAGACUACUGUUGCUAUAGCAACAACUACAACUGCAACAACAACAACAACUACUACAGCCCUCACAACUGUUGCUAUGACCACAAGUCCAACUACAACAUUGACAUCAUCAGCACUGACAACUACAGACACGCCUCCAACGACAACCUCCAUCAAAACAACAACAACAACAACAACAAGCACACAGAUGAGCUCAACUACAACACUAGACAACCGCAUUCACAGAGAGAACACCGCCAAACCACGAGGAGACGUACACAUUCCACGUUUUGAGAACAACCUGUUUGACUUCGACGUUGAGCUGGGAAACACAGAGGAGCUUGCACAAGACGAUCCAGCCGCUGCUGCUGUGAGCUGCUCGUUUGAUGAGGGUUUGUGUGUUUGGAUGACGGACUCUGAAGGAGAUCUGAAAUGGGAAAUCAAAGAUGAUCCUGCUGGUAAAACACAUCAGAAUUACACCGAUCAUCUUUCAAAGAAACUUCUAUGA